ACAUUCGUGUCAUUUACCCGUGUCUGUAUCCUCACACUCAUCACAGAGCGCUCAACACGACCUUUGCCUCUUCGCUCCCACUCGGCACCGCCGCCGGCCGACGAGAACGCGGGUCAGCUCGGCGGAAACCGGCGAUGAGGGCCGUCGUGAUCACAACCCCCGGCGACCCGGAAGUGCUCCGGCUCCAAGACGUGGAGGACCCGGAGCUGGAGGACGGCCACGUCCUCGUCAAGAUCGCCGCCACCGCGCUGAACGGGGCCGACACCCUCCAGCGGAGGGGCAUGUACCCGCCCCCGAAGGGCGCCAGCGAGUACCCGGGCCUCGAAUGCUCCGGAACGGUCGAGGCUGUCGGGAAGAGCGUGUCUCGCUGGAAAGUGGGGGAUCAGGUUUGUGCUCUGCUUACCGGAGGAGGUUAUGCCGAGAAAGUAGCAGUUCCAGCAGGGCAAGUUCUUCCUGUUCCUGCUGGAAUUUCGCUUAAGGAUGCUGCGAGUUUCCCGGAAGGGGCUUGCACUGUUUGGUCCACUGUCUUCAUGACGAGUCGCCUCUCUGCAGGGGAAACGUUCUUGAUACAUGGUGGCUCUAGUGGAAUCGGCACUUUUGCUAUUCAGAUAGCAAAAUAUUAUGGUGCUAGGGUAUUUGUAACUGCAGGAAGUCAAGAAAAGUUAGCUGCUUGCAAGGAUCUGGGUGCAGACGUUUGCAUCAACUACAAGGCAGAGGACUUUGUUGCACGAGUGAAAGAAGAAACUGCAGGAAAAGGUGUUGAUGUGAUUCUGGACUGCGUUGGUGCAUCCUACUUCCAGAGAAACCUCGAUAGCUUGAAUAUUGAUGGGAGGCUAUUCAUCAUCGGCACUCAGAGUGGAGCGGUGACGCAAGUGGAUCUGAGAAGUAUUCUCGCCAGACGCCUCACUGUGCAAGCGGCGGGCUUGCGUACCAGAAGCACAGAGAAUAAAGCUGCGAUCGUAAGCGAGGUAGAGACGAAAGUUUGGCCAGCAAUCGAGCAAGGCAAAGUGAAGCCUGUGGUUUACAAGUAUCUUCCUCUAGCCGAAGCAGCGGAGGGCCACCGGCUCAUGGAAAGCAGCAAGCAUGUCGGGAAGAUUGUACUUGUCACAUAAUAUUGUGGACUUGUGGUGUCUUGUCUAGUUAAGUUGCGUGAGUGGGUCGCUUGGUUAUGUGAAUAAGCACAAUGCAUAGUACCUUUUACAAUCAAAUGGCAGAGACAGCUGAAAUAGACCAAAUAA